CCGGACUAUGGUGCUGCUGUCAAAACAGGGGGAGUUCUCUACUCCUCAGAUGUAAACAACACGGAAGACUAGUCUUUUGUAUCGUAUUUAAACGAAGUUAACGGUUUAGCAACAUAUUUUACGUUAGUACGUCGACAUUAUCCAGUUUCCAUCUUCGAAACACGCAACUGCGUUGCUAAUGGUAGCAAACGGCGUUAGGAAUACAAGCUAGGGAAACGCGACUGAUUACGUAACGCGUCAAAGUGAUAAUUUGCUGCACCGGUCACUUCUCCCGCUGUUGUCGUUUGGCCUCCGAGCGACUGAGACACAACCGAAAGUGUGUAAAACUUCGAAAUUUGAAGUAACCGUCGACGACACGGCGGACACGGCUGACGCUUUGUCCUGUAAGACAUCGUCUCUUUGACGGUGACAACAGAUUUGACACAGCUGACAGAGCGGUGAAGGCUGCAGGAACAUGGCUGCGCUCCGUCACCGUGGAUGUCCUCAGAGGAACCGACCCUGCUGGGAUGAAGCAGCCUGUGUGACUCACUAUGGAAUGAUGUCUCUACAUGAAGUUUUUGAAACAGUGGGUUCCCAGCUAACGGAGACCGAGAUUGAGUUGUUGUCGUUCCUUCUGAACGAACUGUGUCCUAGCGCACACCCCCUGGACCCAGCAGGCUGGACUGUUGAUUAUCAUAAAGAGGAUUCAGAAAGCAGCGCAGUGUCUCCCAGUCCUCAGCUGCUGAAGGCCUGGAGGCAUCUGAAGCCACGGGCCUCUCAGCUGCCCUUUGUUGCCCCGUUCCAGCCAAAGAGUGGCCUUGAGCUGCUGCUGGAGCUGGAGAGGCGAGGAUAUCUGAGCGAUGGAAACCUGGAGCCACUCCUACAGUUACUGAGAGUUCUCACCCGUCAUGAUCUUCUGCCUCUGGUGUCCCACAAAAAACGGAGGACAGUGUCUCCAGAGAGGACUGGAGGGAGGUGUGGACCAAACAGCAGAGGGGGGGGGUGUGCCUCUGGUGGGCGACAGACUGAACUUCCUCUGCCAUUUUACACACAGCAGCUGAGAAGCAGUAUUCAUGUUCCUGGGCCACACGUCAGGAGAAGGAGGAGGAAAAGAGGAAACGGUUGGAGCCGUAGGCCCAAGAAAAGCAGCAAACAGAAGCAACAGCUGCCUCCACCAACACCACCCCCACAUAAGAAGUCCUGUAAUGUCCGCCUGCGUGUGCGGGCCGAGUACCUGGAGCACGAGUCGGCUCUCCGCAACAGCGUCUCCUCGGACAAGCAGCAGCCGCUCGAGCGCCAGUUUGAGUUGUUCGGCCAGGCCAGCUCUCUGUUGCGUUCCAGAGACCUGGGUUCCGUGGUGUGUGACAUCAAGUUCACAGAACUGGAGAACCUGGAGGCUUUCUGGAGCGACUACCUGAGUGGAGUUCUGCUGGAGGCCCUGAAGGGGGUCUUCAUCACGGACUCACUGAGGCUGGCAGCGGGGGCCGAGGGUGUGCGUCUGCUCAUCAGUGUGGACCAGGAUGACUAUGAGAGAGGCCAGCGGCUGCUGAGAGGCGCUCCACCCUGUGACCUCGGACACACGCAGAACCGCGGGGGGCCGUAGGCCGCUCCAAGUCUCUGGGUUUAGUCCAGAGGAGAGAUUUUCUGAUGAAAACAUGAGGCUCAGAGUCGUGAGGCUUCAUGUAGAGCUUAGAUUUAUCAAGUAUUUCAAGGUGCUGUUCGCAUUGUAACCACUUGAUGGCAGCACUCACCACUGGUUUGCAUUGACAAGAGCCUCUCGACCCCUUGUUUGGACACGUCCUUUGUUAAAAGACCCAGUUCUUACGGGUUGUCGUACUUUUUCUUUUGGGUUUCAUCACAGGAGCUACUUCCAUGACAGAGAAAUAAAAUCGGAAUUUUCUUUAUUCCCUGUGACGGGGGUCAAGUCUUCGGCCCCUGGUGUAAAUGAGCGUUGUACCUUGUACUAAUAUUAUGAACGUCAACACUGUGUCCAUAUGUUCAGUGGUCUUUGUGGUCACGGCUGUGACUACACUCGGUGCGAAUCCCUUCUUUAUAGACUUGGCCGCCGUGAUGCUCAGUAAUCCAAAAUCCAAAAGUGCUUGAGAUGAUCUGUGAAAUUCUGACAAAUCUGGAAACUUAGUAAAGUGUCAGGAAAAGUUUGUAAUCUGAGAGAUUGUGAGCACAAAUGGGAAAGUGUGGAGCUUUGGCUACAGAUCGACCCCCGGUGGCCCGUCCACCAACUUACACCGCUUCAUAUCAAACGGCGGGAUUAUCUGCCCUGUGUACCACCGUAACCCACAUAGUAAUUGCUGUGGUGGGUGGAGGUGAGGGUUGUCAGUAGAUGACACUGCUGAUUGGCUCUGGGCCUCAGUGGAGCAUAAAGGAUUCAUCAUCACAGCCUUGUCAACAGCAGCUCUGAUAAUGCGGCCGCGGCCGGCGUCCAGACUUCCAGCGGCGCCUCGGCGAGUGCCUCUGUCUGCAGGUGAAGCACAGGGCGGCGCGUCAGUCGAUAGACGAGAUGUCGGGGAGAUCAAAAUCAAAGGUUCACAUCCCGGCUCCACUCAGCCCUGCGAUGUGGCUCACAGGCAGCUGUCUACUCACCCUGCUGGAACUAAUGCCUGGACUUUCCUCAUAGAGUCGAUCAAUACGACGUCUCACUCUUAAGUCCCUUCAUACAGGCAUGACUUAAACAGACUACUGCCUGCACUGGGGGGGGCGGAGGGGGGGGACAGGGUGUGAUAUAUUCAUGUUAACGUUUGUGGUUUUGUUAAAAAAAAGGUAUAUACGUAUAUAUAUAUAUAUGUGCAUAUAUCUGUAGCCAGUUAGAUGUGGUGUGUCAACAUAUAAGGAUGUGUUGAGUUGAUUUUGCCGUAGCUGUUGUUUUUGUUGUAAUCUUUGUACGUUACAAAUACUUUGUGGUGGAUGUUAAAUAAAAGUCCUAGAACUGUUA